UAAAAUAAAAAUGUAAAUAUAAUUACUGAUUACUGAUUAGUAAAAAAUACAACACAAUUUAACAUGUAGUAAAAAAGGUUAAUCAUUUACAAAAUAACAAUGCUUCGGUGUCUGCCUUUACGAAUUUCUAUUCGAGACAGCCUAAUAUUAAUAAUUUUAGUACUAUUUAAUACUGUUCAUGUUACGAAUAUGGAUAUUCUUGCAGCUAACAAUGAAAUGGAUAUUCAGAGUAAGCAAAGUAAAACAAAGGAAGAUAUUGGAAGUAAACUAGUUAAUUUUAAUGGAAAUGAUGAUUAUUUAAAAAGUUGUCCAACUGCAGAUGAAGAGAAUGAAAUAAAUUGCUAUGAGCUAAAUUAUCCUUGUUUAGCUUGUGACAGGAGUAUUGAUUGUGUUUAUGGAGCCCUUUUUAAUUACACUUGCUAUGUUAAAGCAAAGGUGACUUGCAAGGGGACAAGAUCUUUCAACAAAACAGCACAAUGCAGAUUUUGUUAUCAAACUGAUAAAUGGGAGCACAGAUGUGAUCAAAAAGCUAGCUGUAAUUCUUUGGCUUCCCCCAUAAAGUAUUAUUUAACAAAUUGUACAGUUUCUGAUGAUAUUAUUUGCUUAGGAAAGAGGAGGUUUUUGAAAAAAAUUAAGUGUUCAUGGACAGCUGGAACACAUUGGGGCACUGCAUUGGUACUUGCCUUGACUCUUGGUGGAUUUGGAGCUGAUAGAUUUUAUUUAGGACACUGGCAAGAAGGCAUUGGAAAACUGUUUAGCUUUGGUGGCCUUGGUGUGUGGACGUUAGUUGAUGCUUUAUUAAUAGGUAUACACCACCUUGGCCCAGCAGAUGGAUCUCUGUAUAUUUAAGCAAUAAAUAUUGUAAGGAAUA